CCAAAGCGGUUGCUAGGCAACGCCUCGGCACCGUCGCCAUCGCCAUCUUUGAGUGUGGCACAGCUCUUUGUCAAUUUAGAAUGUGAAACGUACCAGUUUACGUGAUGGUUACUAGGCAACGCCUUGGCGCAGUCACUACCUUCAAGUCGGGCUCUUCAUUCUCUUAGUUAAAGAGUCAAACCUCUUCAAGGAGCGACUAGGAAGCUUCGCAAAUACAAUUAGCCGCCAUCUUUGUUAGAGCUCCCAUUCUCUGUCAUCGGCUCCCUCAAUGGAGUCCAUAUGUUUGGGCAGAAUCUCGAGGUGCAGCUGAGCUCUGCGAAGACGGAGGACACAACCGUGGUGUGGAAGAGCUUCCACGACAGCAUCACCCUCAUUGUUCUGUCAUCUGAGGAGGGCACCUCGGAGCUGAGGCUGGAGAGGCUACUCCAGAUGGUGUUUGGGGCCAUGGUUCUUCUUGUGGGACUUGAAGAGCUGACCAAUAUCCGCAACAUAGAAAGACUGAAGAAGGAGCUGAGGGCCAGUUACCGCCUCAUCGACAGCUUCCUUGGGGACUCAGAGCUCAUCGGGGACCUGACCCAGUGUGUGGACUGUGUGGUUCCUCCAGAGGGGUCCCUGCUGCAGGAAGCCCUCUCUGGGUUCGCCGAGGCUGCGGACACAGCCUUCGUCAGCCUGGUCGUGUCGGGCCGGGUGGUGGCAGCGACAGAGAGCUGGUGGCGGCUGGGGAUGCCGGAAGCCGUGCUGCUCCCCUGGCUGGUGGGAUCCCUGCCGCCGCAGGCCGCUCGCGACUACCCGGUGUACCUGCCUCACGGGAGUCCCACGGUGCCGCACCGGCUUCUGACCCUGACGCUCCUGCCGGGCUUGGAGCUGUGUCUGCUCUGCGGGCCGCGCCCUCCCCUCAGCCAGCUGGAUGCACAGCUUCUGGAGCGCUGGUGGCAGCCACUGCUGGACCCGCUGCGGGCCUGCCUGCCGCUGGGAUCCCGAGCGCUGCCCGCGGGCUUCCCCCUGCACACGGACAUCCUCGGGCUGCUGCUCCUCCACCUGGAACUGAAACGUUGCCUCUUCACGGUGGAGCCCUCGGGGGAUCAAGAACCGUCUUCUGAGCAGCGUCGGCGCCUCUUCCGCUCCUUCUACACCCUGGUCACCGCCACGCACUUUCCACCAGAGGCGGGGCAGCCAGAGGAGAAGGCGGAGGAGGUGGUCCAUCGGGCACAGGUGCCAAGAGCCUGCUACCUGGUGUUGGGGGCUGAGGAGCCAGGCACAGGAUGGCGACUGGUGGCCCUGCAGUUGGGGCCACGGCGGCUGCUGCUGCUGCUGUCUGCUCAGAGCCCCACGCAUGGGCUGAGGGGCCUGGCCACCCACACUCUGCAUGCCCUCACCCCACUCCUCUGACCGCUGGGCGUAAGCGCCAGACACAGACAAGGACAUGGGGCUGUUAGCGUCUCUCUGUUUAUUCGCUCACGAUAAUACACAGCCCCUGGACAGGGAGGGGGCAGGAGGGGCUACGACAGGGUGGGGUGGGAGGGGAGGACGUUCCCACUUCCCUGGCCCCUCUCCCCUCUGUGCUUCGGGGGGGAAAGGGAGGGAGGGGGCUCCCCCUUACCCCCCAGAAUGUAAACAGCAGCAGAUGAACAAAAAUAAAAAUACAAAAGGCUGGAGGAAGGUCCUAGGCACCCCCCGACCCCGGGGUCUUCCCUGUCACCAGCGGAGGUCCCCUCGCUGCCCCAUCCACCACGGCUGCCUCAGUCCUGGUGGCUGCCCAGUGCCGGCCACAUCCCCGGGGGCAGAGUCCAGGGCUCAGAACUGCUGC